AUGACAUCUGAACCCCCCCAAUCGCUCAACAUCCUCAUCAGCGGAGCCGGCAUCGCCGGGCCCGCCACGGCCUUUUGGCUCAGCCGCCUCGGACACCGGUGCACCAUUGUCGAGCGCUUCCCCGGCAUCCGGGAGAACGGCCUGCAGAUUGACAUUCGCAAGGAGGGCGUCGAGGCCGUGCGUCGCAUGGGUCUCCUCGACGCGGUCAAGACGCGCGUCAUUGACGAGCCCGGCACCGAGUUUGUCGAUGCCAAGGGCCGGCGCGUCGCGCUGUUUCCCAAGAUUGAGCAGGACAAGCACGGUAAGCAGGGCUUCACCAGCGAGUAUGAGAUUAUGCGCCACGAUCUGGUCCGAGUCCUCGUCGACGCCACCAAGGACGCCGUCACAUACCGCUUUGGCCUGUCCGUCGCCGCGUUUGACAACAGAGAGGACUGCGUCGUCGUGACCCUUUCCGAUGGCACGGUCGAGACGUACGACUUGCUCAUUGCCGCCGACGGGCAGGGCUCGCGCAUCCGCAAGAUGCUGCUCCAGAGCGCCGGCCAGCCGACCGACGACGCAGUCAACAUGGGCGUAUACCUGUGCUUCUUCAAAACACCGCGCAUCAAAGAGACCGAAAAGUUGACGACGCUGUUUAUUGCGACCCGGCAGCGGAUGCUGAUGACGCGCGAGCCUGCCGAAGGCGCCGGACAGGUGUACAUGGCGGUGCGCGGCCACCCGGCAGAGCUGGACCGCGUGCUGGCACAAGACGUUGAGGCGCAGAAGCAGUUCUUUGCAGAGCUGUUCCAGGACGCCGGCUGGCGUGCCGAGGAGCUCGUCGCGUCCAUGCGCAAGGCAGACGACUUCUACGCCUCGUCGACGCACAUGAUCCGCAGCAGCGUGUGGUCCGCCAACCGCGUCGUGCUGGUCGGCGACGCGGGCUACUCGCCGACGCCGCUGACGGGCAUGGGCACCAGCGUGGCGUUGAUCGGGGCGACUAUGCUCGCGGGCGAGAUUGCCAAGCACCGGCCGGGGAAUCUGCCCGCGGCGCUCGAGGCGUACGAGAGGACGUUUCGGCCAUAUGUCGACAUCGUACAGAACAUUCCGAGGACGGUGACGCGUGGGCCGUACUGUGAGGGCAAGAUGAAGCUGCGUUUUGUCAACCUUCUGCUGUCGACGGCGACCAAGUUGAAGCUGGACAGGCUUCUCCAGACUGUGGUUCUGCGAGCAAAUGAUCCAUUUCGGAUACCGCAGUACCCUGAGUUAGACAAGGUGGUUGGCACCAAAGCAUGA